AUGACCACCUGCAGCAGACAAUUCACUUCUUCCAGUUCCAUGAAGGGUUCUUGUGGCCUUGGAGGUGGCUCCAGCCGCAUCUCCAUGCUGGGUGGAGGCUCCUGCAGAGCUCCCAGCGCCUAUGGGGGCUCAGGCUUUGGGGGCAUGUCAGUGACAACCUCCCGCUUCUCCUCUGGGGGGGCCUGUGGUCUGGGAGGAGGCUAUGGUGGAGCCUUCAGCAGCAACAGCAGUUUUGGGGGAGGCUAUGGUAGUGGAGCUGGUUAUGGCAGUGGCUUUGGUGGUGGUUAUGGUGGUGGCUUUGGUAGCAUGGAUGGUCUCUUGGCUGGUGGGGAGAAAGUGACCAUGCAGAACCUCAAUGACCGCUUGGCCUCCUACCUGGACAAGGUUCGGUCCCUAGAAGAGGCCAACACUGACCUGGAAGUGAAGAUUCGGGAUUGGUACCAGAAGCAGAGGCCAACUGAGAGCAAGGACUAUAGCCCCUACUACAGGACCAUUGAGGAGCUCAAGAGCAAGAUCUUAACAGCUACAAUUGACAAUGCCCAGACCGUGUUGCAGAUUGAUAAUGCUAGACUGGCUGCUGAUGACUUCAGAAACAAAUAUGAGCAUGAGUUGGCCUUGCGACAGGCUGUGGAGGCUGAUAUCAAUGGCCUACGCAGGGUAUUGGAUGAAUUGACCCUGGCCAGGGCUGACCUGGAAAUGCAGAUUGAAGGCUUGAAAGAGGAGCUGGCCUACCUGAAGAAGAACCACGAGGAGGAGAUGAAUGCCCUGAGGGGUCAGACUGGUGGUGAUGUCACUGUGGAGAUGGAUGCUGCCCCUGGUGUCAACCUGACCCAAGUGCUGUCUGACAUGCGUGACCAGUAUGAGCAGCUGGCUGAGAAGAACCGCAGAGAUGCUGAGGCCUGGUUCAUGAGCAAGACAGAGGAGCUGAACCGAGAAGUAGCCUCCAACAGUGAAAUGAUCCAGAGUGGCAAGACUGAGAUCUCUGAGCUGCGUAGAGUGCUUCAGGGCCUGGAGAUUGACCUGCAGUCCCAGAUCAGCAUGAAAGCUUCCCUGGAAAGCAGCUUGGAAGAAACCAAAGGUCGCUAUUGCGUCCAGCUGUCCCAGAUCCAAGGACUCAUCAGCAGCGUCGAGGAGCAGCUGGCCCAACUCCGCUGUGAGAUGGAACAACAGAACCAAGAGUACAAGAUCCUCCUGGACGUGAAGACCCGGCUGGAGCAGGAGAUCGCCACCUACCGCCGCCUGCUGGAGGGAGAGGAUGCCCAUCUUUCUUCCCAGUAUUCAUCUGGCCAGUCCUCUUACUCCUCUCAGGAAGGACACUCUGGCCGCCAGCCCCGUCCCAUCAUCAAGGAACAGACUGUGACCACUACUCACAGCCAAAGCCAGCGCUCCAAGCAAUGA